UUUUUAGAUUCUGAGUGAGUCGAUUGAAUGCAGUUUUAUCUGCCGGAUCUCGUGAGUUUUGCCAUCCGAGUCUGGCUCUUCUCUCUUCGUUUUCAUAUUCAUUAUUAUUUUCUCUCGGAAGAGAUGGAUGACGUAAUCAAAGGAACGAGUUAAAGGCAGAAAAAUUCAUUAAAAAAUUUUUCUCCUCGAACUAGACUCGAACCAGUGACCUACCACUUUCUAGGCGGACGCUCUACCAACUGAGCUACAGAGGCAUGAAGAAAUUGCCGACGAAAUGUUCUCUACAUUGCUUUAUACUACCACAUCAACGCAGUGGAGCAUAAUAAGAUCCCAGAAUCAAUGAGAUCUAUUUUCUACUGUAUAAAUCCAAAAACCUUAGAAAGGAUAAUGAGUAUAUUGAUUGGAGCCGUAUAUGCAUAGAGAAAUUAUGGCAAUGGUAAUGGAACAUGCUAGCCUUUUAACGUCGCUUCCCUUAUUACUGAAUCAAUCCAGUUUAACAGAUGUCACGUUGUCGGCCGAAGGGAAGACCUUACAAGCACAUCGCGUUGUUUUAAGCGCAUGUAGCAAUUUUUUUGCAGAACUAUUUCGAAAUUUAGAACAAACCUAUCAUCCAGUAAUAAUUUUACCUGGCGCAAAAUUUUCGAUAGUUGUAGCUUUAAUAUCUUUUAUGUAUUCUGGAGAAACAAACGUAUUUGAAGAGCAAAUUCCUGGAUUAUUAAUUCUAGCUGAAACGUUGGGUAUUAAAGGACUUGCAGACUUAAAACAUAAAAACGUACAGAAUGUAAAUAAAAUUUUGAAAAUAAAUGAAGACAAAGUUCAAAUGUAUCAAUUUGAAUCUAAACCAAGUGAUGAUAAUAGAAGCCCAAAUACAAACGCAUUUUCAAGGAAAUGUAUAUAUUCAAACUUUAUUCCUGAAGAUGAAGUGCAAAAUUCAAACUUCUUAAAUAAUUUUGAGCAGUAUCACAACUAUUUAAGCAGAAGUCAGGACAAUGGAAAAUUGCAAGAAAGCAGUAUUAACGCAAAUGAAGUUCCACAAGGCGAAAGAAAAAUUUUGAACAACAUAAACAAUUUCAACAAAAUAACAGACAUUUUAAGAUGUCUGUCAUCCUCAUCAAUUGCUGUCAGCAAUUUCGCUAACGAAUUUUCAAUAAUGAAAUCAUGCUCAGAGCGUUUACCUAGAACGAUUAUAGAAAAAAAGCCGGAAGAUCAUAUUAAUUUUUUUGAAGAUAUAUGUGUUGGAAAUAAUCCUACAACAGAUAUUUUGUCGGGUAUAAUACAAUCAAAUGUUACAGUUGAUAUGACGCAAAUUAAAAAUACUCUUGCAGCUGAACCCGCAAAAUCAUCCUCAAACACAAAAAUUUAUGCGACAUGCUUUAUUUGUCAGAAACAAUUAAGUAAUCAAUACAAUUUGAGAGUUCAUCUGGAAACUCAUCAAAAUAUUAGGUAUUCCUGUAGUGUCUGCCCACAUGUAUCCCGGAGUAAAGACGCUCUACGAAAACACGUGUCUUAUCGACAUUCAGGCAAUAUAAAUUCCUAUAACAUCGAGCCCAAGAAGAAACGGACGAGACUAAUUAAUAUCGCUCCAGAAUCUACAACGAUACCACCAAGAGAGUUUGCAAAUAAAUCGUUUUUCAAUAAUAAUGAAAAUGAAGAUGAUAUAAAAAAAACUCAAGAAAAUCAAAUUAAACAAUCGAACUUUCCAUCUCACAUUUUAUCACGUGAAACAAAACCCGAAAUGGAAAAUUCGCUUCCAUCCAAAUUAAACAUAGAUAAUUUUAAAAUUAAUUUAAUCCAGGCAAUAGAGAAACCGCUAAAUGACUUUAAGCCCGAUUCAAAGUAAUAUAAAUAAAUAUCUAUGUAAUUACUAUAUGUGUACGUAUGUAUAUUUAAGUAUCUAGGAAUAGUUUGCGAAUUAUGGAAAGAUGUGAUUAUUGAUUUUAACUUAUAAUAUAUUUCAUAAUAUUACACUUUUGUUGUAAAUUAGUUUGAAAAAAAUGUACAUAUAUUAAGGUGACAAUCAAACUAUUGUAGAAAUAUUUUGAGUGAGCAUUAAAGAUAUAAAACAUUAAUUUGAUCUGAUAAUGAA